AUGUGGGCAUUGAAGAAAUUGAACUUUGAGUGGGAUGUAGCUGCCAGUCUUCGGGUGGAGCAGUUGAAUGAACUUGAUGAGUUCCGAUUCCAUGCUUACUUCAGUUUGUCCUUGUAUAAGGACAAGAUGAAGUACCUACAUGAUAAGUAUAUCCAGAACAAAGAACUUAAAGAAGUGGUACAUGUGUCUCCUUUGGGUGCUCUUGAUUUGAAAAAUAAAAAUGGUGAGAUUUUUAGAGUCAAUGUGCACCGGGUGAAGCAUUACCUUGGUAAGGUUGAUUAUGGCCACGUUGUGGCAUUGCUCCAUUUCAAAUGA